CUCUACUACGCGAGUCUUUCUUGCCCAUUCUACUUUUCCCCACCUCGAAGGUGAAGUCGGCAGGUCACUGCUGCCCCAUCCUCCCGAACUCGCUUCUUCUUCUUCUUCUUCUUCUUCUUGUUAUUCAACCCUCCUCCAAUCCAUUUCCUCCUUCCACACCAUCCCGUUGGAUCAGUAUGAGGACGAUAUUGUGGAGGAGCUUGUUGGUGCUACAUGUUGUGGCUGCGGCAGCGGCAGCGGCAGCGGCGGCGGCGGAGGACGACGUGCGGUGCCUCCGCGGGGUGAAGGCUACCCUCGACCGUGAUGGCAGGCUGAGCUGGAACCUCUCGAAUGGAACUGUGGGCUUCGUCUGCAGUUUCGUGGGCGUGUCGUGCUGGAACCCCCAGGAGAACCGCGUGCUGGGGCUCAACCUUAGGGACAUGUCGCUCUCCGGCUCGAUCGCUUCUGAUCUCCAGUACUGCGCCGCUGCCAACGUCCUCGACCUUUCCUCCAACGCCAUCUCCGGCGCCAUCCCCCCUGACCUUUGUUCCUGGCUCCCCUACCUCGUCACCCUCGACCUCUCCAACAACCAGCUCACCGGCGCCAUCCCCCCCGGCCUCUCCGGCUGUCGCUUCCUCAACACCCUCGUCCUCGCUGGCAACCGGCUCGAGGGCGCCAUCCCGCCCUCUCUUGCCCAGCUCGACCGCCUCACCCGCCUCGAUCUCUCUGACAAUCGGCUCUCCGGACCCAUCCCUGCGCCGAUCGGCGACAAGUUCGCCUCCUCCUCUUUCGAUCACAACGACGGCCUCUGCGGCCAUCCCGUCUCCCGCUGCGGCAGAUCGCUCACCCGGACCAUCGUAAUUGUCGUCGCCGCCGGCGUCUUCGGCGCCGCCACCUCGCUCGCCCUCGCCUGGAUGAUCUGGCGGUGCUGGUCACCGUCCGGCAAGCGGGCGUCUCCCGAGCGCGGCCGAGAGGACGGUAGGUGGUGGGCCGAGCGGCUUCGGAUGGCGCACAACCGCCUCGUGCCCGUCUCGUUGUUCCAGAAGCCGAUCGUGAAGGUGAAGUUGGCGGAUCUGAUGACGGCCACCGCUGACUUCCACCCGAGCAACUUAAUUGUCGCCGGGAGCCCGAGAACUGGGACCUCGUACAAGGCCGUGCUGCCGGACGGAUCGGCUCUCACUGUCAAGCGGCUCCACUCUUGCCCGCUGCCGGAGAAGCACUUCCGCGCGGAGAUGGGGCGGAUCGGGCAGCUCCGGCACCCCAACCUGGUACCCCUUCUGGGCUUCUGCCUCGUCGAGGACGAGCGGCUUCUCGUGUACAAGCACAUGCCCAAUGGCGCCCUCUCCUCGGCCCUCGAGUCGCUUGAUUGGCCGGCCAGGGUCAGGAUCGGGAUAGGCGCCGCUCGUGGCCUCUCCUGGCUCCACCAUGGCUUCCAGAUCCCGUUCCUCCACCAGAACUUGAGCUUGAAGGCCAUCCUUCUCGAUGAGGACUACGAGGCAAGGAUCACAGAUUUUGGGCUAACAGGGCUGAUGAGGACAUCAACCGGGGAUGGAGCUGACACAAGCCCGUUCCUGAAUGGGGACUUUGGGGAGUUCGGGUAUACGGCACCAGAGUGUGCUAGUAAUGCAGAUCCGACCACCAAGGAGGAUGUGUACGCUUUUGGGAUCAUUCUGUUGGAGCUGGUCACAGGGCAGAAGGCUACUGAGAUAACCAGUGAUGCAGCAGGAGAAGGGUUCAAGGGGAGUUUGGUGGAUUGGGUGAAUCGGCUUUCUAUCACAGGUAGAAUUCAUGAGGCAUUUGAUCUGUCACUUCGGGGGAAGGGCAACGAUGACGAGAUUAUGCAGGUGUUGAAGAUUGCUUCUGGUUGUGUGGUAGCCUCACCAAAGGAGAGGCCUUCUAUGUAUAAAGUCUUCCAAACUUUGAAGAAAAUUGGGGAUGGAUAUGAUCUCUCAGAGCAUUUAGAUGAAUUCCCACUUGUUUAUGGGAAGGAAGAGUAAUCGCCGAUGAAGUUAGGCUGCGGAUUUGGCCUUCAGACGAACUUAAUCGCAAUGCCAUGCAAGUCUUUGUCCAUGGAAUUGUAUGGCUUCAGCUGGGUGGUAGGCUCUUUUGUAGUGAUUUGAAGACCUUAUAUAGAUUUGAUUCAUCUGUAAUAUUGUUAUCGUAUGAUCGAAUAUUAGCACAGACUGUAGCUUCUUUCUAUCCCAUGAAUCGCAACUUCUAAUGGUUGUACAACCCCUGCUGGGGAAUCCAAAUUACUUUUCCAAUGAUCAGGUACUGAACUGUAUUUUCCCUUUUA